CGGGUCCUAUGGCGGCCGCGCUCCGCCUGGGCCGCGCUGCACGCCUGCUGCCGGCCGCUGCCUCCCCGGCCUCCGCCUCAGCGCUGCGGCCGCCUCCGCGCCUCGGCUCCUUCUCCUCGUCCUCCUCCUCGUCCUCCUCCUCCUCUCCCCUCCGCCAGCCGCCCGCCGCCAUGCAGGCUUUUCAGUACCCCGAGGUGUACCGCGACGAGACCGCCGUGUUGGAUUACCAUGGGCAUAAAAUCAGCGACCCAUACUGCUGGCUUGAAGAUCCCGACAGCGAGCAGACAAAGGCAUUUGUGGAGGCUCAGAACAAGCUUACAGUACCCUUUCUUGAGCAAUGUCCUGUCAGAGGACUAUUCAAAGAACGAAUGACUGAACUCUAUGAUUAUCCUAAGUACAGUUGCCACUUCAAGAAAGGAAAGAGGUAUUUUCACUUUUACAAUACUGGACUACAGAAUCAGCGAGUUUUAUAUGUACAAGACUCCUUGGAUGCUGAUGCCAAAGUUUUUCUUGAUCCAAAUAAGCUUUCUGAUGAUGGCACUGUGGCUUUACGAGGUUAUGCGUUCAGUGAAGACGGCGAAUACUUUGCGUAUGGCCUGAGUUCCAGUGGUUCUGACUGGGUUACUAUCAAGUUCAUGAAGGUGGAAGGUCCUGAGGAGCUUCCAGAUACGCUGGAGAGAGUUAAAUUCAGUUGCAUGGCAUGGACCCAUGAUGGAAAAGGAAUGUUCUAUAACUGCUAUCCAAAACAAGAUGGGAAAAGUGAUGGCACUGAGACCUCCACUAAUCUGCACCAAAAGCUGCAUUAUCAUGUAUUGGGAACUAAUCAGUCAGAAGAUAUCCUAUGUGCUGAAUUUCCCGAUGAACCAAAAUGGAUGGGUGGAGCUGAGGUAUCAGAUGAUGGUCGAUAUGUCCUGCUGUCCAUUCGGGAAGGGUGUGAUCCAGUGAACAGACUGUGGUACUGCGACCUACAGAGAGAAUCUCAGGGUAUAUCAGGAAUUCUUCACUGGGUGAAGCUGAUAGAUAACUUCGAGGCUGAGUAUGAGUAUGUCACCAAUGAAGGAACAGUUUUCACCUUCAAGACAAAUCGUCAUUCUCCAAAUUACCGGUUAAUCAACAUUGACUUCAGUGACCCAGAGGAAUCCAAAUGGAAAGUUCUUAUCCCUGAACAUGAAAGAGAUGUUCUAGAAUGGGUUGCCUGCGUGAGGUCCAACUUCCUGGUUUUGUGCUAUCUGCAUGAUGUGAAGAAUGUGCUGCAACUUCAUGAUCUAGCUACUGGUGCACAUCUCAAGACUUUCCCACUAGAGGUUGGCAGUAUUGUGGGAUAUAGCGGUCAAAAGAAGGAUAGUGAAAUAUUCUAUCAGUUUACUUCCUUUUUAUCUCCAGGUAUUAUUUAUCACUGUGAUCUGACCAAAGAGGAACUGGAGCCAAGAGUUUUCCGCGAGGUGACUGUGAAAGGAUUUGAUCCUUCAGUUUACCAGACAAUUCAGGUUUUCUACCCUAGUAAAGAUGGUACUAAGAUCCCAAUGUUUAUUAUUCACAAGAAAGGGAUUAAAUUGGAUGGUUCUCAUCCUGCCUUCUUAUACGGAUAUGGAGGCUUCAACAUAUCAAUUACACCAAGCUACAGUGUGUCAAGACUUAUUUUUGUGCGACACCUAGGAGGUGUUCUAGCAGUGGCAAACAUCAGGGGCGGUGGUGAAUAUGGAGAGACCUGGCACAAAGGUGGUAUCUUGGCCAACAAACAAAAUUGCUUUGAUGACUUUCAGUGUGCUGCCAAAUACCUCAUCAAAGAAGGCUACACAUCUCCAAAGAAGUUGACUAUUAAUGGAGGCUCAAACGGGGGCCUAUUAGUUGCUGCCUGUGCUAAUCAGCGCCCCGACCUCUUUGGUUGUGUUAUUGCCCAAGUGGGAGUGAUGGAUAUGCUCAAGUUCCACAAGUACACCAUUGGCCACGCUUGGACUACUGACUAUGGUUGCUCUGACUGCAAAGAGCAGUUUGAAUGGCUGUGCAAGUAUUCUCCACUUCACAAUGUCAAGCUACCAGAAGAAGAUGGCAUCCAGUAUCCCUCCACGCUGCUCCUCACAGCAGACCACGAUGAUCGUGUGGUCCCUCUACAUUCGCUGAAGUUCAUUGCUACUCUGCAAUACGUUGUGGGCCGAAGCCGUAAACAAACCAAUCCACUUCUCAUCCACGUUGACACCAAAGCUGGGCAUGGAGCAGGAAAGCCCACUGCUAAAGUUAUAGAAGAAGUGUCCGAUAUGUUUGCUUUUAUAGCACGAUGCCUAAAUCUUGAUUGGAUUGAAUAGGCAAAAUGUUUAUUACUGUCUCCUUUAGAAAAAAGGGCUUUAACACCAUUUAAGACCAACCAGACUACUACUUGGUGUAGUACUUACAUUUAAGAACUGCAGUUUAAUAUUUUAUUGAUCCAACCUGCUAUGGAAUUUUGAUCUUCUGUGCUUCCCUUUUUUUUUUUUUAGAAUUUCUUUUCUACUGCGUUUCAGAGUAUGUUUUAAGUAGCAUGUUCAGAUAAAUAGCUGAGCUACUGUCAGUGCUAUUGUGAGCAUUUAGAUUCCAGAGUUAGUGCUAGCUGAGCUGAUUUCAUGUAAACAAUUUCAAUGUAUUUUGCACCAAUAAGCAUAUCCAGGUCAACUGUAAUUAAAUGUAAGUACUGUCCACAUACAAGAACUCUGAGCAUACUUUAUUUACACAGUAACUUAUUUAAGAAUGGAAAUUGAAAGUGUUCUUUGAUAAUCAUGAAAUACUGAAGAGAUGGUAAUCUGGGUAAUUAAUUACCCAAAUAUUAUUAAAAACCUUAUAUUUCAUGCUCUUUGUAACUGUGUUACAGUCUGUGAUAACAGUGUUGCUAAAUUGUUUUUUCUUUCUAAAAAGACUUCAAACUGUCA